UCUUUAAUCCCUACUGCUUUGAUUGAUUUCUCUCUUGGAUCCUGAAGCUCUUGCUUGUUUUUCAUGGGACUUUGCCAUGGAAAACAAAUCCAGAGCCCUGGGUUCCAGGAGGAAGAGAGCCCUGAACCUCUUCCCAUCAAUGGCGAUGCACCGCCGCCGGUUGCUGGCACUCCCAAGCAACCUAAGUUCCCAUUCUAUAGCCCCAGCCCACUGCCGAGUUCGUAUAAGAACUCUCCGGCCAAUUCCAGUGUGACCUCAACUCCUCUCCGCUUUCUCAAGCGCCCUUUCCCUCCUCCGUCUCCGGCCAAGCAUAUCAAGGCCCUGCUUGCUCGCCGGCACGGCUCUGUCAAGCCCAAUGAGGCCUCCAUUCCUGAGGGUUGUGAGGCUGAGCUUGGCUUGGAUAAGAGCUUUGGAUUUUCCAAGCAGUUCUCUUCCAAAUAUGAGCUUGGUGAGGAGGUUGGCAGGGGCCAUUUUGGCUACACUUGCUCUGCCAAGACCAAGAAGGGGGACAUGAAAGGUGAGGAACUUGCUGUCAAGGUUAUCCCCAAAGCCAAGAUGACGACAGCGAUCGCUAUCGAAGAUGUAAGGAGAGAAGUUAGAAUAUUGAGUGCUCUGAGUGGGCAUAAGAAUUUAGUGCACUUUUACGAUGCUUGUGAAGAUGAGGACAAUGUGUACAUAGUUAUGGAGUUAUGCAAAGGAGGUGAACUAUUAAACCGGAUCCUUUCAAGGGUGGAAAAAUACUCUGAGGAAGAUGCUAAGGUUGUGAUUGUCCAGAUUUUGAGUGUCGUAGCCUUUUGUCAUCUUCAAGGAGUUGUUCACCGUGACCUAAAACCAGAGAAUUUUCUUUUUACUUCCAAGGAUGAGAAUUCUGACUUGAAAGUUAUAGAUUUCGGCUUGUCAGACUUUGUCAAGCCAGAUGAAAGACUAAAUGAUAUUGUGGGAAGCGCGUAUUAUGUUGCUCCUGAGGUUCUUCAUCGAUCUUAUGGUACUGAGGGAGACAUGUGGAGUAUUGGUGUGAUUGCAUACAUUUUGCUCUGCGGAAGCCGCCCGUUUUGGGCGAGGACUGAAUCAGGUAUAUUUCGAGCUGUCCUGAAGGCAGAGCCGAACUUUGAAGAAGCACCUUGGCCUACGCUAUCAGCCCAGGCUAAAGAUUUCGAUCAGCGGUUGCUGAACAAAGAUUGUCGCAAGAGAAUGACUGCUGCUCAAGCUCUCAGUCAUCCUUGGCUCAAAAAUCAUCACGAUAUUAAGAUUCCAAUUGACAUUGUAAUUUAUAAGCAUGUAAAAGCUUAUAUAUGUUCUUCGUCCUUAAGAAAAGCAGCAUUGAGGGCUAUCGCAAAAACUUUGACUGUGCCCCAACUAGUAUAUUUGCGUGAACAAUUUGAGUUGUUAGGACCGAACAAAGGCGGUUAUAUCUUGAUGCAGAACUUCAAGACGGUCUUGAUGAGAUACUCAACCGAUGCAAUGAAGGAUUCGAGGGUGGUUGAUUUUGCCAAUAUUGUGAGUUCUCUUCAGUAUCGAAAACUAGACCUUGAAGAAUUUGCUGCUGCUGCAUUAAGUGUGUACCAAUUAGAAAGCAUGGAUACUUGGGAACAACAUGCUCGGCGAGGAUUUGAACUUUUCGAUAAGGAAGGGAAUAGACCGAUCAUGAUUGAGGAGCUUGCCUCGGAAUUGGGGCUCGGUCCAUCAGUGCCUGUUCAUGUUGUUCUCCAAGAUUGGAUAAGACAUUCAGACGGAAAACUCAGUUUCCUCGGAUUCGUUAAACUUCUACACGGUGUGUCGUCUCGCUCAAUACCAAAGGUUUAGCAGAAAUCAACAACUAUGACUGUUUAUGUCCAUCGUGCCGGAAACUUAAAACGAGAGGUCAUUAGCUGAUGAAUUGAGAGGCGGGAAAAACCAAGCUGACCAGUUCAUGCCUGCCGAGCACCAUGGCAAUGGAGAAGAUGAAGAAUUUAGCAAUGAUAAUCUCGGGUCCGAAGAAGAAUGUACAGAUGAGAAGGCGAAAAGGGAUUCGAGAACUGUGAAGGGUGUUGUUACCAUGUUAUGGUCCUGUUACUGAAUAAGAAGUUUUACAUUUUUUUUUUUUAUUGUCGACAUGUUAGUACAUAAUUGGGGUCUGAACUAGUACUCUAUGCAGACAGAGUAGGAAUUUAAGAUUCAUGUUUAUGAGGCAUGUUGUUAACUUGUUAA